GGUUGCAAGCAAUCCACACUAUUCCAGUCCAGUAACGGUUCGAGACCAAAACAGGUGCAUAGUUGAUUCCGUAGUCAACAAUCGUCCGUAGAGACGAAAGUGUGUUAUUUUGAUACCGCUUCUGGAUAUUGACGAAGACGCCAACGUAGCAAGUGCCAUAAUGUCUGCGGGCAUCGAGAUUUUCGAUCUACCGGCACGACACUUCCGGCUCUUUUGGGGUGCCUCCGGUGAUUUGUGGCAGUCGCUGUGGGAUCGCUUUCUGGAUAUCGUAGGCGAUGAACCGUUCCGUCUAUGGGUCUUCGGCACCCUUGUCUACACCAUGAUCCUCUAUUGGACCAUCGGCUCCGUGUACACCCUAUUCGACAUAACCAACCAGCCGGCCUUCCUACGUCGUUACAAAGUUCAACCGGGUACCAACGAACCCGUGGACAGCGACAGGCUCAAAAAGGUCAUCCGACAGGUUCUGUUCAAUCAAGUUUGCACCGGAAUACCCAUGCUGAUUGGCCUGUUCUACCUGAUUGGUCCACAAACCCAGGAAACAAUUCGCCAACUACCAACCUUCCCGACGGUCGUCUGGCAACUGGCGGUCUGUAUCGUAAUCGAAGAAUUCGGUUUCUACUACAGCCACAGGUUACUGCAUGACGGCCGUAUUUACAAGUACAUCCACAAGCAGCAUCACGAGUGGACAGCUCCGAUUGCUAUUACCGCCAUGUACUCGCACCCGAUCGAGAACCUGGUGAGCAAUUUGCUUCCGAUCGGGGUCGGAGUUUGGGCUACUGGAUGCCACAUUGCCGUCGCCUGGCUGUGGUUUACGUUGGCUAUUUCGAACACGCUUCACGUGCACUCCGGCUAUCAUUUACCGUUUCUGCCGAGUCCAGAGCAGCAUGAUUUUCAUCAUUUGAAGUUUACCCAAUGCUACGGAGUACUCGGGGUACUGGACUGGCUUCACGGAACCAACAGUUUGUUCAUGAGCUCGAAGCAAUCCGAACGGGACUAUAUUUUAACCAAGUUCGUUCCGGUGCGGGAGAUUCAUCCCGAUUCGGAUCAAGUUUCUGUUAAGAAGCGUGAAUGAUCACCAGUUCUUAUGCUAGAUUUCGGUCUGAAAUAAUAUGAUAGUACUACUGAUAUUAUGUUGUAUGGAAUGCUUUUAUAAUAUAGACACACAUGUUUGACUGAUUUA